UUUAGAGUAAUAGUGUUCUGUGGUGAAGUGAUAUGGUCAAUGGUGGCAGCGUUCGCAACCGUCAACUAUCAAGGCGGUGUUGUGCGGUUUAAUUUUAGUGUUGUGAAAUAUCAACCAUCCCAAUUAUUCGCUAUCUAACGUGGUACUUGGGUACAGAAAGAAAAAUAGUGCAGUAAUUGACAAUAAUUUAUUUCAGUAGCAUAUAAAGAUUUCAUAGUAGAGCUACUAUGUCUGAAUUCAAGGAUUGGUACAACAAUGUACCGUUUUUCACCCGUUAUUGGUUAACGUUAACAAUUGCAUUAAGUUUAGUUGGAAAAUUUGGUAUAUUCAGCUAUUACAAUUUUAUUUUGGAUUUCCAUUCAUUUAUUUACAAGCUACAGCUAUGGAGACCAGUUACAGCGCUAUUCUACUAUCCUAUAACACCAGGCACAGGAUUCCAUUUCCUGAUAAACUGCUACUUCCUAUACAACUAUUCAGAGCGACUUGAGUCGGGAAUGUUUGCUGGAAAGCCUGCCGACUACUUUUAUAUGUUGCUGUUUAAUUGGGCAUGUUGUGUUGUUAUUGGCUUGCUUGUUAAUUUACCGAUACUCAUGGAUCCAAUGGUCCUCUCCGUACUUUAUGUUUGGUGUCAGUUGAACAAGGAUGUCAUUGUUUCAUUCUGGUUUGGUACAAGGUUUAAAGCUAUGUACUUGCCUUGGGUGCUGCUUGCAUUCAACAUGAUUAUUAGUGGAGGUGGUGCAAUGGAGUUGCUGGGUAUUCUCAUUGGACAUCUCUGUUUCUUCCUUCUCUUCAAAUACCCUCAAGAAUUGGGAGGACCAGCGCUACUUGCACCACCAGCUUUCUUAAAGCAACUUUUCCCCGAUACAAGAUAUGUUGGUGGCUUUGGUACUGCACCUCAGACAAGGGUGGCUCGUCCUGCUGCUGCUACUGGAACUUUCGGUGGCCACAACUGGGGCAGAGGUCACACCCUCGGAGGAAACUGAAUGUGGAAAUGGAUACUGUGGACUGUAUUAGUGGAGAAGAUUUGUUCAAGUGUAAAUAAUAAUAUGUUAAUAAUUGUGAAUAAUUUCAUCCCUAUACAUUUUUGGAUGUCGGAAUUGUUGGGCAAGAAGUUAAGAAUAUUGAAAUUGUGUGUGUGUGAUAUAAGGAGACCAUUAAUAUAAUUAUACUGUGUAAAAAUGAAAUGAUUUGAGCAAUAUAAUAAAAUAUCUAAGCGAACAUCAAUAAAUACCUCACCUUCCAACAAUAGUACAUUUACCAAGUAAAGAAAGGUUGUGAAUUCUAAGGGGAGUGCAAAUUGUAUGCAACAAGGAUUCAACUUCACAAACAUUACGACAUGUGGAGAAAUAUACCUGCAAAAGAAACGAAAGCAACUCAACCAUAAGUAUCGAGGAUUAUAAUGUUUGUUCAGAAGAAAUGCUGGCUAAGUCUAGAGAACAAACUCCAUAUAUACAAUGUAGUUCUAAAGCCAAUCUGGACUGACAGUAUCCUGCUCUGGGGUUCAGCAUGCAAUUCCCACAUUGCAAUUAUACAGAUCUAUUGAAUGACCAUGGUUGCUAAUAAACAAUGAACUUCAUUAAGAACUUAAAUUUAAAACAGUAAAGAACAAUACUCUUCAAAUUACAAAGAAAGCCUAGCAAUUCGACCAUUGGCAGUGGAGCUAGUAACUAUAAACAAUAAAAAGAGACUCAAGCGAAACAGUAUUGUCGAAGCGGACAUAAAGUAAAGGGAAUAAAGGUUGAUGGACCCCUCUUCCCUCAAGACUACAACGGUGUUAUUAUAAAAACGUAUUGAUCACUUGUUUUAAAAAGUUCUAUUACAAAUCCGUGUCUUUCUGUUGUGUAGCGUUGCGUCUUUAGACGUCGCUCACAUAGUUAGACACUGAUUAACAAAACACUUGUCUAAGCCAUGUUUAAAUUAUUUUUUGAUCAACACAUGAUUAAUUUUUUUUUUGUAAUAUCGCUUAAAAAAAUCCGCUAAGAACAUUGAAUGAAAUUGUGGUGGUGUUAAAAGUGAUGAAGUGUGGCCACGCAAGCGAAUAUUUUUGCGAUAAAACCCUUUGAUUCACGCUAGUUCAUCGACAUUGCCGCGAUAAUUAUUCGCAAUCGCACAUCCACACUUGAUAACGCAAAUAUUCAUUGUAUUCCGUUAUUUACGCCUCAGUGUUAAAGUACUAAUCGCUCGUCUCGACUUUUUUUAAGCUGAAUUUGAUAGUAUACAAAAUAGAAAGCAAUUUUGUGGUUUUAUGAAACCACUAUCCAAGUGAAACAUUGUAUCACAAAAUAAUAUAAUAAUAAUCGAUUGAAAACAACCGACUGCUUUACUUCUUUAUAAAAAUUUAAAUACAAUUUGAUAAAAAACCCUGGUUUGGUGUGAGGGUUCGAACCUACCUCCCCCUCUUGAAAACCAGAGCUUAAAUCUGGCGUCUAAGACUGCGCGGACAAACUGACUUGAAAGCAGUUGUUGAAGUUAAUGAUACAACUUCACCCCUACUACUUCCUUUACCUUUACUUCACUUUAAAAAAUGAAACACAUUAUCCUGUUAACCAAUAGACGCAGUACAUUCUAUUACAUAAUGGUAUACAUAGAGAUUUCUUUUUUAAUAAAUACAGGCUACUGUUAAACCAUUUCUAAGUGCAUUGUUUUUGUUUUUAUCAAUUUUAAUAUUGAUUUUCGAUUGACAUAAACACCAACGUAGGCUAUUGCUUCUUCUUAUCGAUUUACUACUAAACAACACAAUUAUUUCGUUUAAAAUAAGCUUAAUAGACUUGUUUAGUACAAUAUUUUCGCUUAAUUGAUUAAUAUGAUGGCUUUAUAAACGCUUACAUAGAUUGCUUUUGAAGGACAUUGCUCAAUUUGACAGUAUAAGCUAGUCUUCUUAAUAUAUAUAAAUUACGUGACACGUUGUUUGUCCGCGAUGGACUCCUAAACUAAUAAACGGAUUUUAAUGGGGAUUACCUCAUGGAGUGCAGUUUAGUCCAACUUGAGAGAUAGGAUAGUUUUUAUUUCGAUUUGAGACCCAUAAUUAUUUUUAUUUUCAAUGUUUCUUUUGUAUGGACAUAUUUUCUAUCAGAGAAUUUAUUGACGCACGGUUUGACAGUUCCGCUGUGAAGCAUUUUUUACGAAAUAAUUCUUGAUGUUUUGAAAUAUUAUUGGCAAAUUCCUAUAAAACAGUUUUUUUUUAUCAUAACAACGUCUGUCGGGUCAGCUAGUAUAAUAGAAAAUAUUUAGAUAUUGCACGCAUAAUGUGAAGAGGUUGACGUUACCUCGCGAGGCAAUGGUUUUUACUAGGUAAUAAGCAUAGGGUAAAUGUUACUGGGUGGGUGUUCAGUAGAAGUUCUUAUUAAGGCGUUGCCCAAUUGCCUACAUGGAAUGCACGCCCCUGUUUGUAGAUAUGAUUAAAUAAUAUGUUAUUUUAACAAAAUGCACAUGAUUUAAAUAAAAUUUUAUAACUUAAGAGUUAUGCCUAUGAUAUUAUUAUUUUUGGUGAUAAUCUGAUUCUGAGUAAGAAAUUAUUAUUUAAAUAGUGUAAAAAAAUCUCGGAGAUCAAUUAGAAAAGCUACACACUUGGUCAAAGCGGAUUUGACGUGUAAGUAUGGCGACAAAUGUAAUUAAUCAAUCAAUCAUCUCAAUUGUUGUUAAGAACUAUGACGUCAUUAUACAACGCAUCUAGCGCGCCAAAUUUUAGACGUAAAUGCACAUUGGUUGACUUCCUUUUCAACUCGUUUUUUUUUAUUAUUAUUUAUCGAAUAAAGUAAAUAUGCAUUAUUCCUAUAGUAUAGGUACCUAAUAUUUUGUAAGAUUGCAGUUUCGAUAACUACGAUUAUUGUUUUUUUUUUCUUUUUGUAUGUUAAAUGGUUACAGCUGUGGGACCUAGUUUAUGGAAUAGAGUAUGGUAUACAGUGAGAACAGUUAAAUCGUCUAUCAGGAGUUUGUUAGUAAAAUCAAUUGUAUUCAUGCACCACCUGGGGCGUUUUUCAAAAUCUCAUGGAAACGAGUUCGUAUGAAUAGAAUAGUGUAAAUUAUUGAUAAAAAUUUAAAUAUAAAUAAUUAUUUUAGCAGAGGUUAAUAAUUUACGCUAUUAAUAGACUAAUAAAUAUUAUAUAUAGGUAUCUGUUUAUAUUAUUAUGCUUUAGUUUUUAUGAAAAGUAAUAUAUUUUGUCUUAGGUUUUAUUGAUAUUGAGAUGGUUUGAACGAAUAAAAUUAUUAUACAAAUUUAA